CACAGUGGCGUUAUUAGUGAAGUGUUGGUUUACUGUUAUUUCAGUGUUGUCUGCCUCGUCCAGCCGCCGGAAGUCUGCAUGAAGCUGCGUCUCCUGCACAGGCAACGGCGUCGACGUUUUUUUCUGCCUUGUUUUUUUUAUCCGCCACUUUUUUCUCUUUAUUUUCUCUCCGCGAGAUGAGUAGGAAGCGAGGAAUCAGAGCUUAGAGAGCAGGGAUGUCUGCAUCUCCUCCGCGGCCACCUGGUUAAGCAUUUGACUAAGCAGGCCUUCAUGUAGCUAGAGCAAGCCCACGAACAAAAGGAGAAAAUUAAUGGAGAAAUAAUGGACGAUUCCCAUUUCAACUCAUCAUACUUUUGGUCUCCCGUCCCCACUGUACAAGGACAGAUCGAGAGCGCCAUGUUCCUGAACAAAACCAAGGAGCAGCUGGGAGCGGAGAAGCCCUCUGCUCCCUCGUUCCCCCACUCGUCCUCGUCUUCCUCCCCGCAUUAUCCCACCGCGGUGCUGGCCAUCCCCAGCUCAGGGGACACCGUCACAGGGGUGCGAGUGGUCCCCAAACAGGAGGGAGGGGGCAGCAGUGCCGGGGGCCCAGCUUUAAGUUCAGUCGGGACACAUCUCCACCAGUCCCACACCUCCCAAAACGUCACCGUUGUGCCUGUUCCCUCCACGGGUAUCAUGACUGCAGCGGGUCUGGUCAUAACGACUCCUCAAGGAACUCUGGUCCCGACGGCCUCCUCUCAGUCUUUUGUGACCGGACAUUCAACUGCCACCACCAUGAUAGUGUCUGCUCUCCACGCCUCCAACUCAGAUCGUAAGGACGACAUUGCACUGCCCCCUGCUGUCGUCAUGCCGACUCCGUCAAAGCGCGGCCGGAAGAGCAAAGCCAUGAUGGGCCGAGUGGGGGGGAUCCUGCCCGCGGGGAGUGACGCCCUGAUACUGGCCCACCUCGCCGCUGGGGGACAGCAUCACCCAGCUGAUCCGUACGAUUUGUCCAAUGAUGAAGAUGAGCACACCAACAAAGACGGCCCAAAAACCUACAAAUGUAGGAUGUGUGCAGUCACUUUCUUCAGUAAAUCGGAUAUGCAGAUUCACGCCAAGUCGCACACGGAGGCCAAACCCCACAAAUGUCCACACUGCUCCAAGUCCUUCGCCAACUCCAGCUACCUGUCCCAACACAUCAGAAUCCACAGCGGGGCCAAACCCUACAGCUGUACCUACUGCCAGAAGACCUUCAGGCAGCUCAGUCACCUCCAGCAACACACACGAAACCACACUGAGUCCAAGCCCCACAAGUGUCCGCACUGCUCCAAGUCGUUUGCCAACUCCAGCUACCUGUCUCAGCACCUCCGCAUUCACACCGGAGCCAAGCCCUACAGCUGCGCCUUCUGCCAGAACACUUUCAGACAGCUCAGUCACCUCCAGCAGCACACACGUAUCCACACGGGUGAUAGACCUUAUAAGUGUAACCAUCCAGGCUGUGAGAAGGCCUUCACGCAGCUCUCCAACCUCCAGUCUCACCGCCGGCAGCACAAUAAAGAUAAACCAUACAAGUGCCACAACUGUAAUCGUGGAUAUACAGAUGCUGCAAGCCUGGAGGUGCACCUGUCCACACACACAGUGAAGCACGCGAAGCUAUUCUCCUGUGGUCUCUGUAACCGCUCCUAUACCUCUGAGACGUAUCUAAUGAAACACAUGAGGAAGCACAACCCCGAUCCUCUGACUGUGGCAGCUACUGUAGCGGCUCAGCAGGCGCAGGGGCUCUCACCGGGGGUGACAGGAGGGCGGGGCCGCGGGCGGGGCCGGGGCAGAGGGGGACUGUCUGCUGCGGGACGAGCGACGCAGCUCCAGAGUCAAAACAGCGCCGCCCAGAAUCCAAACCCAGGACCCCCAGGCAGCUACCAGCCACAGCCCACUGAGGCGGUGGUGCCGUGUCCCUUUGACCUGCACCAGUACAAGACUGUAGCAGCCAGUGAGAUCCAGUACAAACCAGUGACUGUGGCCGACCUGCCCGUGGUGCACAAGGACCUCUGCCUCACCGUGUCCACCUCAGCCAUUCAGGUGGAGCAUAUGAACUCAUAGGCUCCGUCUUCCCAUUACACAGUUCUAUGUACAUGUAUUCAUGUAUUCAGGUACACAGUUACUUUACCUAAAAAGCGUUUUACUAAAUAAGGCUUAGAUUGAUCAGACAGGCUAAUUACAUGUCCCACAUUGUUUUGCCUUAAAGACACAGCUCAAUCUCAACACGCCAUACCUCUGAAAUUAUUUUAUAAUUUGAGAAUGAGCACUGUGAGAACUACAGUAAUCGUCAGUAUCAUGGCACCUUCAACAGCAAUUGUUUGGGAAAAAGUAAAUAAUGAGUAACAAAUAUCGUCCUAUAAUCAUGCAAGUUGCAAAAGUAACAAGUGUAAAUACUUUAGAGUCACUUUCCUAUGGUUUUGAGUGAUCUAAAUUUAUUAAUGUAAAUAUGUUUUUAAUGUGAAUUUCUUCCAAAUUAUCUAAUGGCAUUUUGUAAGCCUUAAAUAUAAACAUGAUUCAAUUGCUUGUUUGAGCACAGUUUUGUCUGUGCUUCUAAAUUGUGGCACCAUUUUUGCGUCCAACUGGUCGGACUGUGUAGGUACUUGCUAUUUAGAGGCCGCAUCUUUUGAAAUUAUAAACAAAUGAGAUUACUUAUACACUGAUUCUAAACUGACAGUUCUGCAUUGGUAUAAUACUUAAUCAUUGUUUUUAUAUCAUCCAGACACGUCACACAAUUCUUUGCUUAACUUUGAAAUUAUUUAAAGCCAAAACAGAUUAAUGGAAUGAGAUUUCUGAUGGCAGCUGUGAUGGUGCAGUGUUAAAUCUGCAACUCGAAGACUAGAAAAGUGUAAAUGACUUUGUGACAGGACAUUGUGCUUUGGAGAAGAGGAUGAACUGAUGUAAAUGGUUUGAAAAAGACUGAAUUAUUUGUUACCUGAAUCAGAGUGUCCUUACUCACCCUUUGGACAGCAGAGUUUUGAGCAGCCUCUGUGAUGAAGGCCAAAGCAGAAAAAAGAUGGAGCCAAGAAUGCACUAAAGUUGAGAAAUCUGACGGAGAGAGAAGGAUCAAUGAAAGCACUUGAUGAAGCUUGUUCUUCGCCGCCUAUUUUCAUUUUCAUUCUUUUUUUAUAUAUACCAUAUGUAUGUAUUUUUAUACCAAAAGAGGAGCGCUUGAAACCUGAAGAGAGUGUGCAUGAAUGUGAAGGGAACAGAGAGAGACUGUUUUUCCAUUACAGGUUCAUGAUGGUCCACUUUGCUAUGUUUAAAGUGGCUGCUGCGGAAAUGAUUGUGUUAUAAAAUGGCUGACAGGUACUGUUAUCAAUCUUUUUUUUUAAAGAGUUUGUCAUACAUAUUAGUAGUACUUUGAAACUGUACACACAUUAUCAGUCUGAGGCAUUGUAUUGCAGUAUGCUGUACAUAAAAUAUGUAACUGUGGCAAAGGGAAGUGCAGCAAGUCAUAAUAAAACAUGGAAACAAAAGGAACUAAACAUAGACUAACCAAAUAAUUGACCUGUCUUGGGUCAGCCAUGUAACUAAUAUUUAAUAACAAAACUAUGUAAACCCCAAAUAAUUCAAAAACACAGUGUUCUUUUCAAUAAUGUUGGGGUGAUUGUGUAAACUUGACCUGGGGCACUGCUUUGUCUGUGCACAAGUUAUUUCAUAUCUGUAUCCAUUUAAAAGGUUCCAGUAACCAGUGCUGCAGGCUGUCUAUGUGUAUACUAUUUGUAUGUCAGUGUCUUUUUUAUGAAAAAAUAACAUUGAAUACUCUUCUUAAUGUUAUUAUUCAUAAUAUUCUUUAAUAGCUGCCCUCUUAUACUACACUCUUGCAUAUGCAGUUACAAAUACGGCUCAUUUCAAAAGACUGUUUCUUCCCCUCAGAAGAAUAAAGUUGGAAAAAUAAA